AUGCCAGCCUCUCAUGCUCCCGGAGCCUCCGUCCCCCCGUGUCAUCUCCCUUCUGUUAUCGCUGACAGCUUUCUUGCGUCUCAUUUGUCACCGAGCCCUGAGCGCAUGGUGAUGCUCGGGUCUGCCCCCGACCCCCUGCCACAGGCCGGAAGCCACGGGGGGCCCCCUGGGGAAGCUAACCCGGCCCCUUCCCCCAGGAGUCACUGUGCCAGCCCCACCACAUCCUGGAAGAGGAGGGGGCCCCGGGAAGGGGCCUCCCCUACAUCGCUGCUGUCGUCCACGCCCUGCUGGACCGGCCUUAGGGGUGAAGGUGGGGGAGGGCCCACCCCGCCUGGGACCCCGGGAGCAGAAGACGCGCCUGGGCUCCACGCUCUGAGACAAGCACUCGGUGAGGGCGGCCUGGGCCUGGGCCCCCUUGGCCUGCGGGCCUGGCUGCCUCUGGGACCGAGGGUCUGGGUGGAAAGACCACGGGUGUCGCAGGUGUCGCGUCAGCUGCAAUAAACAGAAGCCAGAAGCCCUCUGGGUGGC